AAUUUAUACUAAAAUAAAGAGCUUUUUAAAUAACCCUGUAGAAAGAGAUUUCGUUACUGAAAAAGCUUUCAACGCCGCCUAUAAAUUUCUCUUUUCAAAUACGUUUUUUUUAAUGUAGAAAUUUGUUUUGUUGAGAGGCGUUUCCCUCAAAUUCAAGGUCUUCUUCCCUUCCCUUCGCCGAGUACGUGAUAUAUAGUACAGUAAUGGAAGUAGAAGAUGACACAAUAGUUGGCUCUGCUUCCUCUAUUAUCCUUGAAUCUUUGGAAUCUACCCAGCAGGGAGAGAAGCUUUCUGAUGAGGAUUUGGCUUGGGUAAAUUCUUGUCUGGUUACAGAUACCGAAAUUUUGGAAACUGAUUGGACUUCUUUCAAAGAUGUUUUGCUAGAGAUCAUCGGUGAUCAACCAGAGACACUUGACCCUUCUGUAACUGGAAGCAACUGGAAUCUGGGUGGUACUGAAACCAGUAUAGUUCCUUCCGUCAAGGAGGAAGAGUCCGACAGUUACUUGGGAAAAACUCAAGACAAUCUUCUUGUCAUUCCAAUGGAUGGCGACUAUGAAACAAACUCAGACAAUAUUCCUAUCAAAAAGAGGUCUGGCACUAAACUGCAAUUUCUUCAGGAAGAUUCCUCUGAAACAUUCUGGGGAGAUCCUUUUCGGCCCACCUACAAGGAGGAAGAAGGAAAGGCUAAUUUGAUUGAGUUGGGAACUCAAUCGAGUUUAUCUGAGGAGGAAAUGAAUUCAUCGACUCUGGAUAUCUUCAGGGUAUGGGAUUUGGACAUUCCGGAUGAGGAAGGUGACCUUAAAGAGUUGAACAAGAUUGCUGGUAAAACGUCUUCCUUUCAAUCUAUGCCAUUGGCUUUCGAUAGUUCAACGGCAUGGAAAGACCCGAAAGACGAACCAAUAGAUGAUAUAAUUGCUGCCAUUGCAGAUUUGUCUUUAACCACUCAAAGGUUUUAGUUAAUUUCUCCGCCCAUAUAAAAAUCUAGGCGAAAACUAUGUCUUCGCCCUUAUGACAUCAACAAUGAGGUUUACAAGCGUUUGCUUGUUUCAUCAAUUUAGGGAUGUCCCUUUGUUUUGCAUAGGAUUUCAAGUAAGACCAGACG